AUGCAGCUUCUCGCCCUUCUGUCCCUCCUUCCCGUCGUACUCUCUACGCCUAUUGCGUUGGCUACAUGCGGUGCCCCGAACGACUCCAUCUGCGCUCAAUUCCUCUUCGCGAACGGCACCGUAUCGCAGGACAUACACAUCAACGACGGCGGCUGCACGGAUGUACUGAACUCGGGUAGCAUAGCGGGGAUCAAGGUGUAUGAUUGUUGGUGUGGGCUGUGGAAUGCGCAAGACGCCGGCGCAUGUAACAACGGAUACGACGAGGAUGUGGCUAAGAUUGAGAGAUUUGUUACCGGCCUUGAAGAAGACUGGAUUGAUGGAGAUUGGAAUGGAACAGCACUGGUACAGUGA